UAUUACCUCACUUUCUUCUCUCUCUCUCUCCAACAACAAAGACGUCGACGACCGCCACCACCGCUACCAGAGGAGCUGCGGAGCGACGUCUUUUGCAACGAGGAAGAUCCAUUUUUGCAUUCGCAUCUCUUCUCGUAUUAUACUUGCAGAAUCUGAUCCCGUUCACUCUGCGUAAGCACAAUUCGAUCCCUCUCACUUUCUUCGAGUCCAAAUUUUCUCGCAUAUUCUCCUUAAAAAUUCCAGAUCAUUUCCGCAAUAUAAAUCGUCUCUUCCUCUUUGUUUUUCCGAGAAACGGCCAGAAUAUUCAUAUCCUCGUUAUUUCUGCUUUGGAAUUUUGGUUCUCUGGUCAGGAACUGUGAAUAUAUCAAGGGCUUGACAGCGGACGUUUGGAUUGCAUCACUGUGGAGUUGUGUAUUAAUAUUGGUGGGGGAUUAGGGUUUCCCCGAAGGUUUAAGAAAUUUCAAGGGUUUAUAGUGGAGCAGUGAAAUGCUAGAUUUCAUGAGUUGGUUCUGACGAGUGUUUAUUUGGCUGUAAGGUAAUUAGGAUUCGGGGAUUGAGGUGGUUAGGAUAUCUGAUGGAAGAUUAAGAUAUGGUGCGGCUUCUUGGACUGACUCGAGGGCAAUCGGAUGAGUUGCCUCGCGAGAUCACCUCGCGGAUCAACCGGGCGAGUGAUACCGGUGAGAAUGGGUGGCUCAUUCGUUUCUUCGACUCUGCGUUCUUCUGUGAGUGGAUCGCCGUCAGCUAUUUGUACAAGCAUGAUCACUCUGGGGUACGGGACUACCUCUGUAAUCGAAUGUACACUCUACCCUUACCGGGUAUUGAGAGCUAUUUGUUUCAGAUUUGUUACAUGAUGGUGCACAAGCCGAGCCCUUCUUUGGAUAAGUUUGUCAUUGAUAUGUGCUCAAAAUCGCUGAAGAUAGCUCUGAAGGUGCAUUGGUUUCUAAUGGCUGAGAUUGAGGAUUCAGAUGAUAAUGAAGGGAUUAACAGGAUUCAAGAGAAGUGCCAAAUUGCAGCGACUUUGAUGGGUGAGUGGCUUCCUUUGAAACAGCCUCAAACUGUGCCGUCGACCCCUGGUAGCAAGAACCUGGUUUUUAAUAAGCUACUAUCAUCAAAACAGCGGCUGUUGUCACUUACAUCUUCACCGCCAUUCCAGAAGUCUUUGUCAUUCUCGCCUUCUCCAGCAAACAAUUUGCAGCAGGAUGUUAGCCAGUUACCUUCUGAGGAGAACAGCAUCUUAAAGAAAUUUAUUCCAAGUCCAAAGUUGCUAUUUAGGAAGUCAACAGAGAAAGAUGAUGAUGGCUCGGAGAAGGAUGGGUUCUUUAAGAGGCUUUUGAGGGACAAUAGAGGUGAUGAUGAGGCAGGUUCAAAGGUUCGAGAUAUGUUUCUUUUCAGGAAGUCAAUGGAGAAAGAUGAUGAUGAUUCUGAAAAGGAUGGGUUCUUUAAGAGGCUUUUGAGGGACAGUCGAGGUGAGGAUGAGGAAUUGACGGCAAGCUCAGAGAGUCUUUUUAAGAGGUUAUUUCGUGAUAGCAAGAGUGGGUCUGAGGAUAAAUUAGUGGAAGAUGAUGAAAAAGAAGGUUUCUUUCGUAAGCUUUUCAAAGAAAAGUUUGACAACAAGAAGGAUGGGAAUGAAAGGAAGGAAGAUGAAGAUAUUAUCGACUCUGAAGCAAAAUGUUCCAAAUCUGUUGAAGAUGAUGAAAAAGAGGGGUUCUUUCGGAAAUUAUUUAGAGAUAAAUCUGAUGACAAGAAAAAUGAAGAUAUUGUUAACUUUGGAGAGAAAAGUUCCAAAUCUGUAGAAGAUGAUGAAAAGGAGGGGUUCUUCCGGAAAUUCUUCAAAGAUAAGUUUGAGGACAAGAAAGAUGCAAAUGAUAAAACUGAUGAGGGGUGCACCAAUUGUGAGGAAGAAGAGGCUUCUGACUUUUCAUUGUUACGCAGAGUGUUUCGUGUGCACCCCGAAGAUUCCAAAAUUACCGUUGCUAAUGAAAACAACAAUGGUGGUAGCUUGCUUGAAAGUAGUCCGGGAACUGAGAGUUUUUUCCGUAAAUUGUUUAGGGAUCGUGACCGUUCAGUGGAAGACUCAGAGCUGUUUGGUUCAAAGAAGCACAAAGAGAAGUAUCCUGGUUCACCAAAGCAACGGAGUGAAAAGUCAAAUGCAAAGCCCCCACUUCCAAAUGACACUGCAUCCCAGUUUCGAAAAGGGGCAUAUCAUGAGUCAUUGGACUUCGUGCAGUCAUUAUGUGAAACAUCAUAUGGCUUGGUUGAUGUAUUUCCAGUUGAAGAUCGCAAAAGUGCUCUUUGUGAGUCUCUCGCAGAGAUCAAUUUGCAUGUGGCUCAGGCUCAAAAUAAUGGAGGAGUUUGCUUCCCAAUGGGAAAAGGGAUGUAUCGUGUGGUUCAUAUACCUGAAGAUGAAGCCGUUCUUUUGAAUUCGAGGGAAAAGGCACCCUAUCUGAUCUGUGUCGAAGUUUUGAAAAGUGAAACGCCAAGCACUACUAAGGAUGCGUACGGUGCACAAAAGCUUUCUAGAGGAGGAAUUCCUCUGGCAAAUGGAGACGCAUUAUUGCCAAAGCCCCCUCCUUGGGCUUGUCCAUUGUGGACUGCCCAGGAGGUUUAUCGUAAUAGUAAUGACCGAAUGUCAAGUUCAACUGCUCAAGCAAUUGACCAGGCAAUGACACACAUUUCAGAGGCAAAAAUGAAUAUUGUCAAUGUGAAUCUUUCCGUGGAGAAGCAAUUUCCCAGCCAUACUGAGAGUAUUGAGCACAGUAGCAUCCAUUGUGGUAGUCUGCUGUCUGCUCCAGCUUCUGGCGGUGUUAUGUCCUGGAGUUAUCAAGGUGGCGAAUGUUUGAACCACACGUCAAGAGCAGCACAUAUUUGUGAUUUGGAGUGGGUACGGGUAGUUCUGACAGUAGAUUCAGGGGUUAGAAUGGAAGACAUUGAGGAUCAAGGCCCACCACAUCGGAAGGAACACCGCCGUGUUCCAAGUACAGUAGCUAUAGAAGCAGUAAAGGCCGCUGCUGCAAAAGGAGAAGCACCUCCUGGGCUCCCUCUGAAGGGCGCUGGUCAAGAUUCAACAGAUGCACAAUCAAGGGUCAACGGUGGUUCACCCAAGGCCAGUGAUGCCUUAUCUGGUGAACUUUGGGAGGUAAAGAAAGAAAGGAUACGCAGAGAUUCGGUGUAUGGAAAUUUAGCUGGUUGGGAUUUGCGCUCUGUUAUUGUGAAGAGUGGUGAUGAUUGUAGGCAAGAACAUCUUGCCGUGCAACUUAUCUCUCACUUUUAUGAUAUAUUCCAAGAAGCUGGUCUCCCUCUCUGGUUGCGGCCUUAUGAAGUUCUUGUUACUUCUUCAUACACAGCUCUGAUUGAAACAAUUCCAGAUACAGCUUCACUUCAUUCUAUAAAAAGUAGGUAUCCCAACGUUUCAAGUUUACAGGAGUUUUUCAUUGCUAAGUAUGAAGAAAACUCCCCAAGUUUUAAGCUUGCUCAGAGAAAUUUUGUUGAAAGUAUGGCUGGAUAUUCCCUUGUAUGCUACCUUCUGCAGGUGAAGGAUCGACACAAUGGGAACCUCUUAUUGGAUGAAGAAGGUCAUAUCAUACAUAUUGACUUUGGCUUCAUGCUUUCCAAUUCACCUGGUGGCGUCAAUUUUGAGAGUGCACCUUUCAAAUUAACCCGUGAACUUCUUGAGGUCAUGGAUUCUGAUGCUGAGGGAGUUCCAAGCGAGUUCUUUGAUUAUUUUAAGGUUUUGUGCAUUCAAGGCUUCCUUACAUGUCGUAAGCAUGCUGAGCGCAUUAUUCUUCUUGUGGAGAUGUUGCAGGACUCUGAUUUUCCUUGCUUUAAAGGUGGUCCACGGACGAUACAGAACCUAAGAAAACGAUUCCAUUUAAGUUUAACAGAAGAGCAAUGUGUCUCUGUGGUGCUUUCCCUAAUAAGCAGCAGUUUAGAUGCAUGGCGGACACGGCAAUAUGAUUAUUAUCAGAGAGUUUUGAACGGAAUAUUGUGAAAUUGAAUCUCCUCUGCUGAAUGGUUGUCCCAUUCGAGAAGGCAAGCCCAGUUUAGGUGCCCCGAUUAAAAUUGCAUGUCAGUCACCGUGUGAUGUAAGGGCAUUUGGGUCAUUGUGGGAUGGCUUCAGAGUUCUCUUGGAGCCCAAAGGAUUGUUAACAGCAGCUUUUGGCCUGUUUUUUGCUGGCUGGGAGGAACUUGUAACUGUUUCGUCAGAAAUAUUUCUCGGGAAGUCUAGCAGGUGCAUUUUACUUCAGCAGGGAUUUCAUUUUUCAUUUUACAUAUUUUCCCCUUUUUGUUUCAUGCGAUAUGAAACUCUUUUGGCCGAUGGGCAAAUUAGCUUGUUUGGAGGAGAUAUACAGCCCAUCUUAACCAUCAUGGGGGAGCACACACUGUACAGAGCAACUCCGGUGGAAAGGACAGAUCAGAAAUGAAAUAGCUACAGAAUUAAAAAAAAAAAAAAGGCGGUGGAACUACCAAGUUGAAGUGCAGUUGGGGUAGAGGAAAUUUCCGGUAAUUGUUUAUUUAUCAAAAAAUAA